UUGACUUGCAGCUAUGCAGUGAUAGCAUCAAAUUGUGCAGCAUGUCCGCAGUUAAAAUGCGAACGACCUGGAUGUGGAACGUUAUUUUGUUAUCAUUGUCAAGGGCAAUGGCAUGCCAGUCAGACGUGCGAUGAAGCACGAAAACAACGAGGAACGACCUUCUUCAGGCCACCGAUACCUCAGAUUUCAUCGUCUACCCUUGAGAAUAACUUGAAACAGAUGAUUGAAGGAGGUGAUAUCAAAGCAUGUCCUCGGUGUCGUACGUACAUCGUGAAAAUGAACGAUGGCUCAUGCAAUCAUAUGGUCAGUUCUACCUCAUUUCUGUUCACUAGUGCACUUCACAUCUUAUUCAGUGCAAUAAAUGUGUAUUUCAUUUAUAACAGUCACGCACCCGGCAAGAUGCUAGAUUGA